AUGCAUAGGGCCCCCGAGAUCCUGCUGGGGUCCCCCAGGUACACUAAAGGUGUGGACCUGUGGAGUGUGGGAUGUAUACUGGGAGAGAUGUUGCUGGGAAAACCGCUUUUCCCCGGAACGUCGAGCAUUAACCAGGUGGAGCGGAUCCUGAGCAGCGUGCCCCGCCCUUCCGCAGAGGAUGUGCAGUCCAUUCACUCUGAGUAUGGAGCCUCUGUCAUCCACAGAAUGCUUCUGCGACCCCAGGUGUCCCUGGAGGAGUUGCUUCCUGCCUCAGUGGCUCCUGAUGCCCUGGACCUCCUGCAGCAGCUGCUGGUGUUCAACCCCGACAAGAGGCUGAGCGCGGAGCAGGCUCUGCAGCACCCCUACAUCUGCAGGUUCCACAACCCCGCCCAGGAGCCCAGCCUGUGCUAUGAGGUGGUUCUGCCCGUGGAUGACUGGGUCCAGCUGUCUGUUGCUCAGUACCGCAACAAACUGUAUGAGAUGAUCCUGGAGAAGAGGAGUAUCCUGCGUCGGACUCCGCUGAAGCAGGGGGCAGGGCAGGGGGCGGGACAGGGGGCAGAGUCUGGUGAGCAGGGGAGGGGUGAAGUGGGAGGGCAGGCCCAAUCAGAGGCCUCCAAGCCCUCCCCUGCCCCGCCCCCAGCCCCUCCCACCAGAGAGAGAUGCAGACCUGCAGCAAGCACCUCCUACAAUGCCAUCACACACACAGGUUCUGAUACUGAGGUUCCAUCUGUACACGCCCCCUCAGUGCCGACCAAUCAGCAGCGUACCCUGGGCGCAGUAAUGCGACCACCAGAGGGCGCUAACAGUUCUAAUGUCAUGCAGCGCGGCCGUUCCGCCCCCCUGGAGUGCUCCCGCCCCCAAAACAACCUGCUUCUACGUCGCAUCGAACCCGCAGCCAGCAGGGCCGCCACCACUGCACAGCAGACCCCAUCUCAGGUGCGGGACACGCGUGUUCUCCCCAGGUACAGCCGGAAGGUGUUCCAGAACUCGGCGAACGUGGGGGCGGCGGGGGACGCCCGGGCCAAGCUGGGCUGCUACUCUCAGACCUACGGCACCAUCACGCGCAGCGAGCUGGAGAACCUGCGGCGCGCGCGCGACAGCUAACAGGCCUGCCGGCGCUGG